GAGGUCCUCUGCCAAAUGGCUCUCCUGUCCUGCUUUCCCCCCACCUCUCAUCUCCCCCUUCCUCCUCCUCGGUGCGCUUCCCGAGAGCGGGCUGCAUGGUCGCGGGCGGCAGGCGACGUGUCGCGGGGGCAGACGGGCGAGGCCACACCUGGAGCGCAUGGGCGGCGACACCCAACCUCCUUCCAGUCCCCACUCCCCCCUGCACUGUUCGCCGCCGCGCCUAUUUAGGCCCCGGGAUAAGGACGGACCGAGGCCCGGUCUUGAUGCUUCUCGGCGCCUCCGUCUCACCGCAAUCCGCCCGCCAUGGUAGCGCUCUCCCGCCUCGUCGUCGGAUCUUGUCCGGUCCGGUCCGUGCGUUUCUCUAGCCGCCGAUUGACAUCUGCCCUGUAGCACCACUUGUUCUUGCUAAUCUAGGAGCAAUUUGGGCGUGGUUCUUGCUAAUCUAGGAGCAAUUUGGGACGGUAAAUCGCCGAUUGGCAAACAUCUUGUGUUCUUGCAUUUCUUUUCGGCAGUUAGCUUGCCGUGGUUCUGAUUCUGAAAUGCCCUCAAUACGUGAUGGGCCUGAGCUGUUUACCAACCUUCACUCAUUGUGAUUACCGCUUGUUCUUGAGCUGUUUACCAACAUUCACUGAUUGUGAUUACCGCUUGUUCUCGCACCUAUCUUUGUUGUUCUGAUUCUGAAAUGGCCUCAUAUGUGAUGCGUGCGGCUGUGAGCGUACGCAUUUCUGCAUCUGCCAAGAAUAAUCUUGAGGAUGUCAAAUAAUGGCAGUAACUGGUCACUCGUAUCUGUAUAAAGUUUGCUAGUAUUCGUAUUGAGAGGGGAUGUACUUCGCUGGAACUAAGAGUUGUGGAUUUUACUGGAUUUUUUAUUAUUAUUUCCUUUCUGUUGUACGUGUAUGAUGCAUCAAGUUGUAACUUUUUUAUAUUGCCCCAUCUAGGAUCCUGCCUAAUACAGUGACUAAUUUAGCCGCGCUCUUGUUAUUUUCCAGUGAAUUCAGCUCAUUAUUUCCCUAGUAUAUGUAUGCUGCUCACGAUAUCAUGUGAUGUUGAUGUCCUUGGAGGUACACGAGACAAGAUCACGGACUCAUGCGACCGAAGAAGGGAAAACUGCCCCAAAGAAACAGAAGGAAGAACACAAAGAGCAGGAAGGGGGGCAGGAGCGUCCCUCCAAGAACAAGAAGCCGGUCGAGCCUGAGGCGGAAACAAAGACCAAGAAACACAAAGGUGGGGAGUCUGAGCUAGACGGGAAGGAAAACACUACGAAAGAGUACACCGACUUCUGCAAGGCCAUCAGAGAGCACCUCCCUGCGGAGGACAUGCGCAAGAUCCUCGAAGCCAACGGGCAAGACGCUUCGGGGUCAGAAGAUGCAGUUGUUUCAAGCUGUGAGGAUAUGAUGUUUUAUGGGCCUCUCGAGAAGUGCCCAAUUUGUGGUGGUCAGCUUGAGUGCAAGGGGUGGAAAUACAAGUGCACUGGCAAAUACAGUGAGUGGGCAAGCUGCAUUUUCAGCAGCAAUAGUCCUCCAAGGAAAUCUGAUCCUAUAAAGGUGCCGGAGGAUGUCAGCAAUGAUUUUUUGAACAAGUGGCUGAAGCAGCAAGAAGGGAAGGGGUACCCUAAGCGUGAUGUGGAUGAAGAGGCCCAUAUCUUCUCGGGCAUGAUGGUUGCGCUGUCUGGACGGAUGUCACGCUCACACGCUUAUUUCAAGGAGCAGAUUCUGAACCAUGGAGGACAAGUGAAUAAUUCCGUGCUUGGUGUCACAUGUGUAGUUGCUUCUCCAGCUGAGAGAGACAAGGGAGGCUCAGGAGGAUUUGCUGAAGCACUGGAGCGUGGAACUCCUGUAGUGAGUGAGAACUGGAUAGUCGAUAGCAUUCAGAAGAAGGAAGCCCAGCCAUUGGCUGCUUAUGAUAUUGUAUCGGAUGUUGUUCCGGAGGGCAGAGGACUGCCGCUGGACAAGCUUGAUCCAAGCGAGGAGGCCAUCGAGACUUUGGCGGCAGAGCUGAAACUUGCUGGCAAAAGAUCGGUGCACAAGGACUCUAAACUGGACAAAGACGGCGGGUGUAUCUUUGAGAAGGAUGGCAUCAUCUACAAUUGUGCCUGUUCAAUUUGCGACUUAGGAUCCGAGACUAACCAGCUCUGCAUUAUGCAGCUGAUCAUGCUACCUGAAGAACACCUGCACCUUUUCUACAAGAAGGGUCCAAUUGGCCAUGAUCAGAUGGCAGAGGAACGAGUCGAGGACUUUGGUAUCCGUGUCAACGAUGCUAUCAAGGAAUUUGCCCGUCUGUUCAAGGAGGUUACUGGAAAUGAUUUCGAGCCAUGGGAGAGAGAAAAGAAGUUUGAGAAGAAGAGUAUGAAGAUGUACCCCUUGGACAUGGAUGUUGGUUUCGACGUGCGUCAUGGAGGUGCGGCACUUCGUCAGCUGGGAGCUGCAGCAGCACACUGCAAGCUUGACCCUGCCAUUUCUUUUCUUCUAAAGCAAUUGUGCGGCCAAGAAAUAUACAGGUAUGCUUUGACAGAGAUGGCCCAGGAUCUGCCUGACCUUCCUAUUGGGAUGCUUACAGAUGUCCAUUUGAAGAGAGGUGAGGAAGUGCUACUUGAAUGGAUCCGAGAUGCGGAACCAGCACCAGAGUCUCGGCUUGCCGCGGAUGCAUUCUGGAUAGAAAUAAGUAACAAGUGGUUCACCCUGUUCCCCACAACUAGGCCGUAUAUAAUGAGGGGAUUUGAGCAGAUUGCUGACAAUGUGGCCUCUGGUUUUGAGACGAUCCGUGAUAUAAAUGAUGCUUCUCAUCUUAUCGGAGAUGCUUUUGCUUCAACCUUGGAUGAUCCGCUGUCUGAAUGCUAUAAGAAACUUGGUUGUUCAAUCAACAGCGUUCCUGAAGAUUCAGAGGAUUACAAGAUGAUCGUCAAGUAUCUGGAGAAAACAUAUGAACCAGUCAAGGUUGACGACGUGGUCUAUGGUGUUUCUGUUGACCGGAUAUAUGCUGUUGAAUCCAGUGCAUUUCCUUCUUACAAUGAAAUAAAGAAGUUACCAAACAAAGUUCUACUCUGGUGUGGAACUAGAAGCUCAAACCUGCUUAGGCAUCUGCACAGAGGUUUCCUGCCUGCUGUUUGUCAUCUGCCUGUGCCGGGAUACAUGUUUGGUCGAGCCAUCGUCUGUUCGGACGCGGCAGCUGAAGCUGCUCGUUAUGGCUAUACGGCGGUGGACCGUCCGGAAGGAUACCUGGUCUUGGCAGUGGCCUCUCUGGGGGAAGAGAUCAAAGAGAUAACGGGCACACCAGGGGCCGAGGAUGUGAAAUCUCUGGAAGAGAAGAAGCCUGGCGUGAAGGGGGUGGGGAGGAAGACGACCGACGAGUCGGAGCACUUCACCUGGAGGGACGGCGUCAAGGUGCCGUGCGGCAAGCUGGUGCCCUCGGGGAACGAGGACGGCCCGCUCGAGUACAACGAGUUCGCCCUGUAUGACCCAAAGCAGGUGAGCAUCCAGUUCCUGGUCGGGGUGAGGUACGAGGAGCAGAACAUGGAGGUGGUGCCGGACGAGUGAAGGAUCCGGUGGUUCGACGGUUGCCUGUAUUCUGGAAGGCUUUAGUGGUAGUGAGCAUUUGACGGUGGUGGUGUGAUCGGUGCGGCGAUGCGUUCGGCGAUGGAGGUGGCCUGUACCCCAUUUUGGGCUGCCUUGUGGUUUCGUCGCCGCCCGCCCGCCCCUGUUUGUAGGCGCUGUUAGGAGAAACGCUUGUGGUAGCUUAUGCUGGAAUGGAAGAACAUGAUGUGCCUGGCCUGUA